AACACACAGGAAGUGACGUUUUAACAGUCUUUCCUGGUCGACAUGGCUACUGCGAAUUGAAAACAAAAGCUCCAUUUGGCCGUCGGUUUUAAAAAGAAUCCUAAAAUACCAUGUUGACCGCCAAACUGACCAGGUUAAUAAAAGUCCGGAACAGGACUAGACAAGGUUAGUUUACUCAGCUCUCGGCCGUCGCUGGCUUGCGGGAUGAUGAAGGGAAAAGUGUCCAAACUGCGGCUAAGCCCGAACGAAGAAGCUCAACUCAUUCGAGAGGAGCGGGAGAGAAGAAGGAAACUACGGAUACAGCAGGUGCGAGAGCAGCAGCGCUAUAUAGCCCAGCAGAUCCGUCAGAAUGUGGAGCGGAAGCGUCAGCGUGAGCUUGACCUGCUGGGGGAACAACUUCGGACGGACUGGGAGCGACAGCAGAGAGAGAAACUCUUCGCUCUGCAGAACUUGUACCAAGAGAGUCUCCAGCUUGUGGGCCAGGGUCAGAGGAGUGCCAAAGAGAAUGAGCCUGAUUUGCAAGCCAUAGCUCAGAGGGAAGAGGAGAAUCAGGCCAAAGCAGAGGCGCGUUACAGAGAAGCUCUACGAGAGCUCCACACACAGAAGCUGAGAGACAGUGAGAAACAAAGAAGGUGCAUCAGUGCCAGGAACAGAGCUCUGCAGGCUGAAAAGGAAAGAGCUGCCAUAGUGUCCAGCCUCCCUCCUCCUCCUCCUCCAAUUCAGGUUCAGAGCGUUGUUUCUAAGAAGCCACUAGUGAGAAGAAGAUAUGACGUGCGCGCAUACGCCAACACCAACUGUCACCUGUCUACUGCUAAAGUGGACAGAGAGGAAGAGUCCGGCCAGCCAAAUGCACAACAAGGAGCAGAGCAGGAGAUGAGGAGGCUUCAGGACCUGCACAUGGAGGAGGAGAGGAAGAGAGGGGAGCAGAUUGAGAUGGCUCGGCACAGAGGGCAAGAGGCUUUGAAGAAGGAAAAACAUGUGCAGGACAGACAGCGGCUCCUCGUUGAACUGGAACACAUGCAGCAGACAGACCUGCUGAGGAGGAGACAGCAGGUGUCACUGAUGCCUGCUCACAUCACCCAGUCACUUUACCAGAGACAUGAGAUGAAGGAGGACUUCCAGAUGGAUUUGGAGUUUGCCUUCAAUGACUUGCACACAGAGAGAAGAACCCUCCCCCUCAAUGAAGGAAGGAACGCUGACGUGGUCCAUCAGCUGCUGCCUGAGCCGCUUCCACCGCCGUCCCCUGGCCGCUUGGAUCAGGAGCUGGACGUCACUCAGGAUGACGUCCCCAUGCUGCAUGAGGUGAACUGGGAGCAGGAGGCGCCAAAGGAUCAGCCUGAAACUACUUCUCAGGUGGAUCCCUCCAGACCUGCUCAUAGACAGGCGCUGAGAAAACUCCUGGACCGCAUCAGGAACCAGGCCCACCAGACGGUCCCGUGUGCCAGCCAGAGUAGCUUAAUCCCUGUGGACGAGUUACCAGCUGACCAGAUCCCAGAGAAGGACACCAGUAUAGAGACGGGCUCGAUAAGCAAUGAGGAGAGAGGAGGACCUCCCCUGGGUCGGCCCACGUAUCCACCAGCCGUGAUUGAGGAGGAUGAAGUUUCUUCUAUGGCUGAUGAACAAAUCCCUGAGUCAGUGUGUGACUCUGACAGCAGGAGGAAGAGGGAGCUGGAGCUGGAGCAGGAGAAGCAGCAGCAGGUGCUUUUGCUGCAGGAGUUGGAGCAACAGAAGCUCAUGCUGGAGCAGAUGCUGUCUGAUGCUCAGCAGGAGAGAGAUGCCCUGAAAGCUGACGCAACCCUCGAAACUGCUGCUGCCAGACCCGUCCCAGUCACCCAGGACCAGGGAGGGACCCAGCAGCUGGAGGGGGGGCAAGACAAGGUUGAUCUCUUGCCUAGUUUGCAGGUUGAACCCAGUGCUGGUAUGGACGAUCACUCCAAGAGGGUCAGAGAGUACCAGAGGAGGAUGCUGGAACAAAGCAGGGUACACCAGAGAUCUGUGGAGGUGGCUCGGCAGCGUCUGCAGGACUACCAGCGAGCUCUUCAGAUUCGCUACAGCUUGUCUGCUGCGCCUCCUGCUCCAUGUCCCGAAUUUCCAGAGCCGACCCAACCUUCAGCAUCUCUGCAAGCCCCUACCAGAGAGGGCGCUGCUGAGGCCCAGCUCAGUCUUCCUCAUUCUGUAUUACCACACUUGGGUCUUCCUCCCACUGCUGCAGCGCACAGACCUUCAACCUCUGCAGAUGUUCCCACCAGAGAUUCGCCAGUUCCAGCUUUACCUCUGGACAUGCUUGAUAGCGCCAUGAGGAACCUGACAAGACCUCUCCUAGACUCCAACCAGUGGUCUGCAGAUGUCCGACAGAAGGUUGCGCAGCAUCUUUCAGGGCGACUACAGCCCUCCAAAACAUAUUUUCCUCAGGAGGUGUUGACUACAAAUCACCUUGGAACCAGUCCUCCACAUCAACUUCUGGAACACACAACUGAUGACAAUCAGGCUUCAAGAAGAGAAGCCCAACAGAUGGCAGAGCGAAUGAAAGAACAGAAGAGUCUUGGAUGGAAACUCCAAGAGGCUGAAAGGCUGUUGCAGCAGACGCAACAAGAGGUGGAGAGGCAGGGACAAGAACUUCAGGAGCUGAGGAGGCAGAGGCAGUUGGAGCAGGAAGCACAGAGAAUCGUUGAUCAGAGGCGAUUGGAGGAGGAGGCUAAACAGCAGCUGGAGGAAAGAAAGGCUCAUCAUCUACGUGAGGUCCAGCGAGCAGUGAGGCGCCAGCAACUUCAGGAGCCACAUACAGUGAUGGAGCAACGGGAGGAAGAAGAGCGACUGAGAGAGAGGCUUCAAGAGACUCUGGAACUGUUGCGCCAGAGGUUGCAAGAGAUGGAGAGCCAGGGACGAGAACUUGAGGAGUUCCACAGACUGCUGGAGGGGAGACGACUGGAGGCGCUGGAGAUUCAGCAGAGACGACUGCAACUGAAGAGGCAGGAGCCAGAAGCUCAGGAGACUCGCAGAGUGGUGGAGCAGCGAGAGGAAGAACAACAACAACUGAGGCAUAAACUUCUGGAGGCUCAAAGACUCUUACAAGAGAGGCAACAAGACAUGGAGCGGCAAGGCCGAGAACUGCAGGAGGUCCGCCAGCUGAUGGAGCUCAGAAGUCUGGAGGAGAUAGAGGCUCACGUGCAGCAGGAGGAGAGAUGGCCACAACAGAGAAUAAGGGCUGAAGAAGAGCAACGGCAUCAAGAGUUUGAGGAGGCUCAGGCAGAAGCACUCGGUGAGGCAUGGACCCCUGAUGAAGAAGCCCAGGUGUUGAUGGAGCUGAGGCGUGGAGAUCAGGAGGAGGUGAAGCAGAUGGCGCCAGAGGUCACUGAUGAUGUUCUGGCGUCAGAGCGCAUCCAUCAAGCUCGUCUGAAAAUACUGGGCUCACUUCUCAAGGCCAUAGAAGAUUCCAGAGGCGGCAGUCUGUCACACUUGGAGGAGGAGGUGGAGGGCGAGCAGGGAGAAGUGGUCCAGCUGUGCACCAGCAGUGAGAGAAUGAGACCCGAGCAAGAGAGACCUUCUCCUCGUGCAGCCAAACCUCCGGUGACCCGCGUCAGACUGGAUCAGAUGGAACAACAUGAGCUGAGUGCGAUUCAAGAGGUGGACUCGCCGGUCAACAUCAGUCAAGUCGCAGGUCAGGAGGAUGCCGGGAGGUCAACAUCACUGGCUGCUGUCUGGCUGGAGGAGUGGAGCUCGUCGCUGUCCUCUGAUGGGGUUCUUCAGAUCACCUCGGCAUCUAGUCAAGACCAGCAGCUUCCUGGGCGACUCUCUGAUGAGUUCAUGUGGAGAGGGAGGCGGCUCAUGGGCCUGGGAUCCACUUCAGGACUGUCUGACUCUGAUUCAGCCAAGAGAAGCAUGUCCACACCUUCGUCUGACUCUGGACGGGGAGCUGACUUCUCAGGACCAGCAGGGAGGACAUGCCGCUCACCCUCAGAGCUCACCAGGCCGACUGAAGGUCGACACAGCACGUCUCCCCUGAGACCGACUCACUCCGUCUCCUCUCCUGGCGUCACCGAGGAUCCUCCCGCUGACCUUCAGAUCAGUGGACCAGCGUCCCAGGAGCAGGAGGGCAGCAGAUGGGGAGCUGAGUGGGUGGACGUCUCCUCCUUGAGUCACAGCUCUCACAUCAGCCCUGGCGCAAGAAGUUCCCUUCCUUCUGUGGAGUCCUUGUUCAGUGACCACAGCAUCCAGAGGAUCAUCGACAGAUACACCCGGGAGCUGGACAUGUCCCUCAGCUCUGCUGGGAAACACACCGACCCCAGCAGCUCCCUGCUGGAGGAUCCCGGCCCUUCAGUUUCCCAGCAUUCUUUUGUUGCGUUGACCCCGAGGGAAGCAGAAGGCGGGGAGUCCAGUUCGUCUGAGCAGCCUGCUUCUUCCAAAUCUGGUGUCAGCAGCUCGGAUCUGUCAGACUUCCCGAUCCCAGAGCAGCAUUCUGCCUCGGAGGAGCCGUCUGUUUCUGCGGACCCGGGUCAGGACUCUUUCAGGCCUCUGGUUGGCCAGCUGGACCUGUCAUCCUCCCUGACUGUGGAUCCUCAGGAGUCACGGCUGGACCAGCUGGUCGGCCAGCCCUUCGCUCAGUCAUCCAUGAUCGGGCCGCCUGUCACUGGGAGCAGCGUCCUCCGGGGAUGGGACUCCACUGUGAUUCGCAUGGCGGGCCGGGUGACCCAGCUGGCGACCCCUCACACGGUUCCGCAGGUGUCCGAACCACUGACCGCGUGGUUGCACGAGAGCACGGAGGAGAGUGUGAUGAGGCCGCUGGUCUGGGAGCUGGACGAGUCCUCAGGUCCGAGUGGAUCUUCAGUUAACCGGAGUGGUGGGGAAGCCUCCGCUGUGUCUGCUGCUCCUCCACAUCCCAGCGUCCCUCAUGAGGUCCCGGAGCACAAUCCAGCCGCUCCGUCUGAGGAUCUGCUUCAGGAAGGUUCUUUCUUCGCGCUCUUGCCAGAGGUCACCCAGAACGAGACAGCAGACGCCUCCAUGACCUUUAACCCCCUGCAGCAGGAGGUCUCCUGCGCCUCACCCGCUGCCGCUGAUUCCUCUCACAGCGAUCCACCUGAACCGGAGCGCUUCAGAGCUGAGCUCCCGGGGCCAGCUGGGCCGGAGCCGACGGUGGAGCUCAGCUCGCUCAGCCUGUCCAGUUCAAAUGAGUGUGAGGUGACGGCCUUCCUCGUGCAGCCGGAUCUCGAGGAUCGUUGGAUCGACGAGGACGCACCCGGGGAGCCUCUCGCUCCUUCAGGGGAAGCAGAGGGGAACAUGGCUGCUGCACCAGCGACCCAGGUGUCACUUGUGAGCAGUGAUCAGCUCUGUCAUUUUGACCCGUCUGGACAGAAGGGCAUCCUGGAGCAGUCGGAGAUCACACUGGCGAGUCUGACAGACACCACACUGCAGGACAGCAGCAGAAGCCCUUCUGAGGAUGAGGAGAUGGCCAGCAAGCUGGAGGACGAAGACCCAGCACCUGGUGUCUCGCAGGAGUCGGAAGGUGGAGUCAGAGCCACUGUUGGCGUGAGAGAAGAGCAGGUCCAGGAGCAGCCAGCCCCUCCUGCUGCGACCCUGCUGCAGUUCCAGUGGGGCCCCGUCGACCCACCAGACACCUAUCAGCAGAAGCGAAGCGCCCUGAUCCAGAGGUCGUCCCGGAGGGUCGAAGACAUCCGGGCCCGCAGAGACCAAGCCAAGACGGAGAGGUCGCCGACACAGAGGGCAGGGUCAGGAGGUCACAUCACUGCUGGAGACCAAACAACUGUCCAGGGACAGAAGAAGCUACUUAUCACCUCCACAGGUGUCUGCAGUGACCAUCGACAGGUGGUCACUGAGGAGGUGAAGACCUGUGACCCUGCGCAACGAAGACGAGGCGUGGUGGAGAUGAAGAGACGAACCCAGAGGCUGUACGAGCAGCUGGAGGAGGUGAAGGUCCAGAGAGCCGCCCGCAGCCGGCAGGAGGAGAGCGCCCGGAACCGCCUGAAGGCUCAGGAGUUCCACAAGAAAACCCUGGUGAAGCUUCGUGCCAGACUCCCGCCGCCACCGUGAUGAGCCGCCCAGUAAUUUAUUACUUUUUAACAAUAAAGUUUUUAAGUUAUGGAGGUGCAGAGUGGAGCCGGGUCACCACACUGAACAUGGUGGUCAUGAGGCGUUUAUUAGAAAAGUCAUUCAAGUGUGAUCAGAGUUUGGAGAAGGGCACCUCCUUCAGGUCCUUCUUCUCUAGCGCAGCCUGAGCCGACUUCAUCAGGUCCUGGGUCUGCAGCAUGCUCAUGU